CUGCAUUUACCAUAAUGGAGCCAACUGUUUUCAUGCUGUCCCCGGGUGUGUGUUUGUGUUGUGUUAGCAGGCAGCCUGCUAUUACUUGACAGGCGAGCAAGCAUCACUUUAUUUCAAUCACAUCUCUCUGACAAAUAGGCAGCACUGAAGACAUUGCGGGAAAAUUGCGUAGCCACUUUAGUCCCUACAGAGCUCCUAAUUGCCAUGGAAAAGCAGUCCAAGGUGGAAUUUCGGAAUGUGGGACAGAUGUAUUUCCCCCAAAGUAGAGUGGAGUGCCACUACAGCCUUACCUCUCAUUAUCACUGGACCAACAAGGACUGGAUAGGCCUCUUCAAGGCUGGCUGGUCAUCAGUGAAAGAGUACACCACUUUUGCAUGGGCACUCACUCCUGAGGGGUACACAGAAGGAAAUAAUGCCAACUGCUGUGUACAUUUCCAAGCCUCUUACCUGCCCCGCCCCAGUGCGGUGGAGUACCAGUUUGUCUAUGUGGAUCAGAGAGGCGAGGUGUGUGCCCGCAGUCGCCAGUUCACCUUCUGCAUUUCCAGGCCUCUGGAUGAGCUGGAGACAUUGACAGAGGAGCGGGACGAGGAUGAGGAGGGCGGAGAGGGGGACGGGGACGACCUGCUCCUGGUGGUGCCCAGAGCUCAACUCCUGCAGACUCGGCUGGAUGAAUGCCUUAGGGAACAGGCUGAUUCAAAACAGGCCCGGGAGGAGGCAGAGAGGGAGAAGGAGAGAGAGGAAGAAAGGAGCAAAAGGGCGAAGGAAGAGUGGGAGAGAGAGAGGGAGGGGAUGAAUGAGGAGAUCUCUGAGUUGAGGGACAACCUGAGACGGAGCUGCGACAGGAUGGAGAAAGUGGAGGGGAAACAAAAGGAUAUGCAGUCCUCUCAAGAAACCUUGUCUACUCUAUUGGAUGAGAAAGCUGAGCGCCUGCAGCGAAUCAGAGAGCUGGAAGAUGACAUCAUGGUUCUAAUUCAGAGAGGGAAGGAGACAGAAGCUGAACUUGAAAGGAUGAAGGAGAGAGUGAAAAAGAUGUCCACUCAAUUGAGGGAUGAAGAAGAGGAGAGAAAUAAUCUGCAGGUGGAGAAUGGGGCUGUGCUGACUGAGCUGAGGGCGAUGCAAAAGCGUUUAGAGGCCAGCGAACGCGGGGCAGAAGGUCUGAGGCAGGAGCUGAGUGAGAUGGGGGCUCAGCAGGGCCACAGCCACGCUGAACUGCACCAAGCCAGGCUGCAGGCCGCCCAGCUCACCCUGCAGCAGUCUGAGGCCGACCUGGCCCUGAGGGAGGGACGCGCCCACUGGGCCCAGGAGAGAGAGGCCUUCAAACAAGCAGCAGAGCUUGAUAAAGAGAGGGUGCAGAAGUUAAACCGUGAGGUGCAGCGGAAGGAGCAGUGGCUCCAAGAGGAGAGGAUGGAGAGGCAGAAACUAGAAGUGGAGCUUGGAAAAGAGAAGGAUUGCAACAGGGUGCUGCUGAGCGAUGCCCGCAGGGAGGUGCAGGAACUGAAGGCCAGAAUGAGAAUGAACCAGAAGGAGAGAGAGCAGCAGAAGAUGGAGAGACAGGACCUGCUGGACUACAUGCAUCAGUUGGAGCAGAGACUGGAGGUGGCUACAGACAAUAAGUGGAAUGAAGUGGCUCUCUACUACUCAACCACUCGUGGCGCUGACACCCCAUCUCAGGAUGAGAAACCCUCUUCUGAGGAUGAGAUGCCUGCAUCUCCACUACCCUACCGGAUACCCAGACUACCCUACUGGAGUGACGCCCUGGAACGCUCCUCUCACCGUAGUGUGAAGUGUCUCCAGACUGAGACGGAUGAGGAAGAGCAGAACAAGACCAGUAAGGAUGAAGACAAACCACUGAUUCUGCCAGACCUCACCAACCCCAUCCUAAGUGAGCUUUCUGACUGCUCCCCCUUGUGGUAACAGCAAUGAAGACAGAGGACAAGUUGCUUGAUAGUUUACAAUGUAGGCCCUACAUUAUGGUUGGCUACAGUCAGCCAUGCAGUUUUUCUCUUAGCUUUUUUUUUUUUUUUUUACAUUAUAUUAGUGGUUUGGUUAAGAUUCAAUGUUGGAAAUGAAAAGAUGUUUUGCGUGAAAGGUGACUAUUGUGUCAUGUUCACAUGAGCACAGUGUCAGCGGAUGUUUGCAUAGAAAUGGAACAGUGGUUUAUUAGGCCAUGCAACUUAGCAGAUGCUAGCUGUAGACCUACAUUUGAAAUGAGAGGUUUCUUAUUGAAAAAUGUGUCUAUUUGAAAAUGUUACUAUUUUUAUCUAGGUAUGCAUUUUAUCUAGGUGCUAUAACUAGCCCGAUUUGGGAGUAGGCUUUAAAAAUGUUUAUAGAUUUGUAAAAGUGUUCACAGGAGUUAUAGAAUGAACAAGUUGUGUCUAUUGGUUAUCUAGUAUUCUUUUAUUUAAUGAUUUAUCCAUUUGACUGCGAAGUUUACUUUCUGAGUGCUUCACACUGUGUGGAGUAGUUUCUGUAAUAAAACACUACCUGUUUAUUGAUUGAU